AUGGAUGAUUCAUCUUCAUUAAAUAGGAAAUUAUAUUUUUUAAAUCUAGACAAAGAAAUAGGAGCUGGGGGAAGUGAAACAAAUAGUGAUGAUGAUGAUAAUAAUAAACUAAUAAAUUACUUUAACAUAAAAAAAACAAAUGACCUAUAUUUAAAAUCAAACAAAAAAAAUAACAAACAAUGUAUUCUCAAGGAUUUACAUUUUAAUGGUGAUUAUUUAAUUAAAAAGAAACAAACAAAAAAAAUCCAAAAAAAAAAUGGGCAUUUUGUUUUACCUAAUAAAUAUGAUUAUAUCUUAAAGAAAAAAUCAGACAUUUUCCAUACGGACGAAUUUAUAUCAAAAAGCUAUCAUUUGAAUAAUGUGCACGAUAUUUAUUACUCAUACAAAGAAGAAUCUGAUCUGUGCGAUAUUCUCAUCAAAAGAUAUAAGGAGAACUUAUAUGUAACUACCUUUAACAACAUGCUAAUACUUAUAAACCCCACAGAUAACGUGAUGGCAUUUUAUAAAUUAUUGUUUAAGCCAAACAAUAAAAAUAAUUAUAUUAUAAAUACCUUUGUUCGUUUUUUUCUGGAAAAGAAAUUACAAGAAACAACAGUAGAGUACCAAGAAGUAAAUGAUAGUGAGGAUUUAACAAACUCAAGUUUAGAUUAUGAAAAGGAAGAAAAUAAAUCUGAUUAUAGUUCUAAUGAAAUAAAAAAUGCAAUAAAUUAUAUUAAUAAAAAACAUAAUAUAACAAUCAAUAAUCAAUUUAAUUUUAAUCAAAUAAAAAAAAAAAGAAAAAAAAAAAAACUAGUUGAUAUUAAAAAGGAUUUAUGCAUUAAAAGUAAUCAGGAAUUCGUUCAAAUGAACACAAAUGUGUUGAAAAAAAAUGUAAUAAAUUUUAAUAUGCUCUAUAAUAUUAAUGCUUUUUUUAAUGAGAAAGAAGAAAAUUAUGAAGAAAAUAAAUCAAAUCAUAAAGAAAACAUAUAUUCUUCACACGUAGAAAUGAAUAAUUAUAAUACACAUGUUAAUGUAUAUCCUAACAGUUUUGAAAAAGCAACCAGUGAAACGUCCUACAAAUUAAAAACAUAUAAUGAACAAAAUAAAUUAUUAUUUAUAUAUGGUGAAAAUUAUAGUAAUCAGAAUGUAAUAAAUAAAUAUAUUUUCAAACAUAUAAUUAAAAAAUACCAAGAACAAGAAGAUAUACAUACUUCAAUUAAACACAAAAAAAAAAAAAAAAAAAAUUUAUAUGAUUUAUAUAAAAGAAUUAUGAAUAUACUUAAAUUAUUUUAUAAUGAAGAUUGUUAUAAUUUUAUAAUUCAUUUUUCUGAUAACCAAGAAGUGGUAUCUUUUAACAUAAUCCCAUUUAUGUUGAAUAAUACUUGUAAUGUAACAAAUAUAUGCACAAAAAUGAGCGAUGUGUUCUGUGAAUUAUUGAAUAAUGCAAAUAUGCAUAAUAAAGAUAAUGAUAAUGUUGAGAAAAAUGAAAAAAAUGACCAAAAAAUGAAAGACAUGAGUAAUAGGAAGAACAAUAUUAGAAGUAAUGAUAAUAUAAAAACAAAAAAUAGUAGAGAAAAAAAAAAUGAACAUUCUAAUAACUCAAACGAAUUCUUAUAUAAUGACAAACAUAAUAAUAUAAAUAAUUCAGAUGAAUAUAAUAAUGAAAAUAAUUUUAUUAAUAUUCCAUAUAUAUUUUUUUUCCUUCUUCAAAGUAUUAUGUUAAACAGUAAUCAUACAUAUGUAAAACCAUUAAACUUACACACAUUAGAUAUAAAAAAAAUAUAUCUAAAUUAUAUAGAGUCCCAUGAAAUUGAAUUAAAUGAAAGUGAUAUGGAAACAACGUUUUCUAAUUUCUCUCAACUUGGAUUUUCACUAGAUGAAAUUAUUUCAAUAAAUAAAAUUAUUUUUUCUAUCAUUUUUAUAAAUAUAUAUAUUAAAAUAAAACAAUGCCUAAAAAUGAAUGAAAAGGAAACCUUAAAAAUUUUGCAAAUACAAUUAAUUGAAAUAUCAGAUUUUAUGAAAUUAAGAAAAAAAAAAAUAAAUAAGAACAAUUCUAAAUAUGGAUCAUUAAAUAAUGGGAAAAAAUGUUCACUUCCUCAAUUUAUUAAUUUUAAUGAAGAUAAUUAUCUAAGUAGUGGAUUUAGCUCGUUAUCAGAAACUGAAAAUAUACAUUUAUUUAAUAAUGAUAUGACAAAGGAAAAUAAUAAAAAAAAAAAUUCUAGUAUUGAUGAUUUUCAAGGAGCUCGACUGAAAACAAAUGAUUCAAGUAAUGUAAAUGUUAAUGGUAAAAAGUUAGAUGAUAAUCCAUAUGAUUCUCAAAAGGAUGUUAAUAAAAUGGAAAAUGAAUAUAGAAAAAGUGAGAAUGAGGUUAAUCAUUUAGGUGAGGUCAACAAACAAAUUGUUUCGAAUAAUAUAAAAAAUGAUAAUAAUAAUAAUAAUAAUAAUAAUAAUAAUAAUAAUAGUAAUGAAUAUUAUUAUACGAAUGAACCCAUUAAUAUGUACAAAAAAGAUAAUAAGAAAUAUAAAGAACCAAUUGACAAAAAAGGGAACAAAUACUUUAUAGUAUUUGCUGGUCAUAUAUUAGAAGAAUAUAUAUCUUCCUUAUUAAAUAUUGAUAUUAAUCUAUUUAUUCACAUUUUAAAUAAUAACAUAAAAUUGAAGAGCUUAUGUUCCAAUAUGUUCUAUAGGUUAAAAAUAAAGAUUGUAAAAAAAAUAAAUGAAUACCUUAAAAAUGUAGUUAGAAAUGAACUUAUCCAUCAUUCGUUAUAUCUUUAUUGUAAUGGUGGGAUAAUACAAAAUAUAUUGGAAAAAAAUGAAGAUGUAAAUAAAUAUUAUAAAAAUAAAGAGAAAAAUCAUUUCAAUGAACUUAUUAAUAAUAUAUAUAAUGAAUUAUUACAUUCGUAUUAUUUAAAAAUGUCUAUGUUUAAUAUUGAUAGUUGUAUUAUGCAUAUGAUAACCACAUUAGAUAAUAAACAAAAUAAUUACGAAGAUGCAUUAUUAUGUACUCUUCAUAAUUAUGGAAAGAAAGGUAAUCUUUAUAAUAAUAAUAUAAAUUAUAAAAAUGAUACUGAUCAGAUUAUUCCUAAUUUUUUAUGUAAUAAUAUUUAUUUAGGAGAAAAUAGGAUAUUACACAUGUUAGAAAAAUAUUCAACGAAAUUUUCGAGCGUUAUGGAUCUUCAUUAUAAUUUAUAUAAUAAAGAAAAAGAUAGUCCUUCUUAUAUUUUAAUAAAAUCGGAGUAUUAUAAAAUAUUGAGUUUAUUUUAUUUAGCCAUAAAAAACAUAACAGAACUAUACAAUAAGUAUAUUAUUAAUAAUAACAAUAAAAAUAACAAUAGUGAUAAUAUUAAUAAUAUUAUAUGUAAGUGUAAAUAUAUUUGUAAUUGUAAAUAUAAGUAUAAUUAUAGUUUGGAUAAACAACUAUACCAUAUAGAUGAUGAAAAAUGUAUGCAUGAUAUUUUAUUGAAAUAUUUCCAAUAUUUAUCAAAUGAUAGUAUUACAAAAAAAAAAAAUAUACAUGGGAAAAGGAAGAGAAGAAGAAAAUAUAUGAAAUAUAAUUUUUGUAUUACACAUUAUAAUGAUAAAAAAAUAGAAUAUACAUGUAAUAAUAUGAUAUUUGAUAAUAUUAAAGAUAUAUAUAUAUUUAAAGAUAUUAUUGAUAUUAUUGAAAAUAGUGACAUGUUAUUUUUAAGAAGUAUGUUUUUUGAAAAUAAUACAUUACCAUUAAAAAGUGUUAAAAGUGAUUUUUUUUUAUAUAAUGAAAUGAACUUUUUUAUAAAUAUUAUAAAUAACACUUUUGAUAAAUUUUAUUUUCUUGUUAUAAAUGAAUCUGAAAAAAAACAAAAAGAUAUAUUUAUUCCUAAAUAUAUAACGAAUUGUAUAAAACAUAACGAAUCAACUACAUAUGAUCACUAUGCAAGUACAACAUCUCAAAGCAAUUUAUACAAAAGAUUUUCAUUAACUUUAAAUAAAUCAUUUGUACAUAAUAAUAAUAUAAAAUCUUUUAAAAGUUUAUUUUUACAUAUGGAUUCAGUUCGUACAGACAAUAUAACCAAUUUCUCUGAUUUUAGCAAAAAAAAAAUUAACAAAGAUCAUAUCACUUUUGUAAUUAAUAUGUUUAAUUUAAAAAAUAUAUUUAAUUAUCAACAACAAUAUUUAUAUUAUUGUAUUCCAUAUAUUUGUUUUAUUAAAAAAUAUAUUUUAUUCUGUGCAUAUGUUAGUAAGGAAAAGGACUUAAUUAAACUAUUAAACUAUUAUGAAGAAAAGUAUUAUAAACCCAAUAAUUCAUAUAAUACCCACGGAAAGGAUACAAAAAAUAUAAUAUAUAAUUCUUCUAAUAUGAAAGAUAAUUUAUCAAAUAAUGAUACAAACCAUAAUAUAUUAAAUCAAUCAAUUCAUAUAUAUAAAGAAAAAAUGUAUAACAACCAAAACAAUAAUAAAAACAAAAAUAAAAACAAAAAUAAAAAUAAAAAUAAAAAUAAAAAAAAUAUAUACAAUGAUACAACCAACUUUAUAUAUUUAAACAAAUUAUCAAUUGAAGAAAUGAAAGAUAUGUGUACUUUAAUAUUAUAUAAUUUUAAUAUAUCCACUAAUAUUAUUCACUUUCAAAAUUAUUUAUUUAUAAAAAAGUCCUUAUAUUUUCUUUUGGAAAAUAUGAAAAAUGAAUAUUUAAAAUAUAUCAUACCAUUUAUUAGAAAAAUAGAAAAUAGUUAUAUAUCUUAUAAAAAUAAGAAAAUUAAAUUUUCCUAUAGAAAUAAAAUUAUUGUUAUUCAAAAUUAUAUGAGAAAAUAUUUAUUCUUUCAUGAAUUACAAAAGAAAGAAAGGAAAAAAAAUUUGCUUACAUCAUUUAUUAUUUUUUAUAGUUAUUUGUUGAAACAUAAAAAUAUGGAAGAAACAAAAGAAACAUUAGAAUAUUAUAAAGAAACCUUUAUGAGUAAAGAGAAAAAAUUAAUUCAACAUGCAGCAUGUGUAUAUAUACAAUCAUGGUUUAGGAAAAUAAUACAACAAAGGAAAUAUAAAGCCAUGAAAUUAGAAAUUUUAAAAACACAUGCAAGAGAAAAAAUAAGUACAGCUAUUAAAACAUAUAUAACACAAAUAAAAAUGAUAAAAAAUUUAAAUGAAGUAUUAAUACCAAACCGAUGCGCAACUUUAAUUCAAUCAUGUUUUAGAAGAUAUAGAUGUAUGGUACAAUAUGAAAAAAAAAUGUAUUUAAAAAUAUGUUUUCUAUCAAUUAAAAGAAAAUAUAUGGCAUACACAAAUGUUAUAACAAAAAUGAAUUAUCAUUAUUUAAUAAAAAAUAUAUAUAGGAAAAAUUUCAUUAAAAAUCAUCUAAAAAUACCUGAAGCAGUAGUAAAGAUACAAAGUAAAUAUAAAGCAUAUGUUGUUAGAAAACAAUAUAAUAUGUUAAGAGACGCAAUAUAUUUUACACAAUCAUAUAUACAUACAUGUAUAGAAAGAAUAAAAUAUGAACAAUUAAAAAAAAGUGUAAUUACUAUACAAGUAUGGUGGAGAAAUUUCUAUAAAUUAAGAAAAAUUUUUCAAAAUUUCCCUUUGAAUAUAUAUAACAGUGAAUAUGAAAAAACAAAAUAUUAUUUUCUACAUAAAAAAAAUUUCCCGAAUUAUUAUUAUUAUAUAUUAAAAGAACAGAAAGCAAUGAAACUUUUGACAUAUAACAUUUUAUUAAAACAAUGGUAUUUUUUUUAUUUUAAAAAAUUCCAAAAAAAAAAUCAUUUAUUUAAUAUUAUAUUUAAUUUGAAAUUAUAUAAAAAUAUAUCUUAUUAUUAUUUACUUCCAUGGGCAUAUAAAAUAAAUGCAAUACUUAAAAUGAUACAUAUGAAACAAAUGUUUAAAAUAUGUACAACCAAUUAUUAUCAAAAUACUAUAUUAAAUAUACCUCUUUUUGAAACAAUACAAAUAUUUGUAGGAAAAACACAUACCAUACUUUUAAUUAAUCAAAGUGUUAAUAAAGAUAAUAAUAAUAAUAAUAAUACAGAACAGAUAGUAUCACAAGGAUAUAAUAAAAAUAGUAAACAAUUUUAUACUAAAUAUGUUUAUAGUAUUGGAUCUAAUGAUUGUGGACAGUUGGGUUAUUACGAUUUGUCUAGUUCUCCAUUUUUAUAUCACUCCAAUGUUUUAAAUGAUAAAUGGGAUCACGUUGAUAUAAAUGAAGACGAAAAUAAUAAACUCAAUCCAAUAAAUGAAAAAAUAGAGCAUCCGGUAAAAAAGGAUAUAUAUAUAAAUACAAUGGAUGACCAUACAAAAAUUGAUAACCUAUUUAAUGAUCAUAAUGAUAAUAGUGAUAAUGAUAACAGAAAGACUACUUUGGGAAGCUUACAUAAGGAAAGCAUGGAUAAUAAUAGUACGAGCAUUUUUAGUACACACAAAAGUAGUGUUGAUAAUAAUAUCAUAAAUAAUGCAUAUAAUAAUAAUAAUAAAUUAUAUAAUAAUAAACAUUUUAGUGAUCAAUAUAAUAAUAUUCACAUAUCACAUAAAGAAGAAAUAACAAAUAAUAAAACAAAAUUUAAAAAUGUAAAUGAUAAUUAUCUAAGAAAUUUGCAACAUUUAGAAUUUCAAUAUAAAAAAAAGUACACCAUAUCGAAAAAAAAUUUUGGUGAUAUGUUCAACGAAAAUGUAAAUGAUAUUAUUGAUUAUAAAAUAAUAGAUAAAGAGGAUGACAAAUAUAGUAAAAAUAUAACAAAUAAUAAUAAAUAUGAAUAUGAUUUUAAUAUUGAUAAGUCACAUAAAGGUAAGAAAAUUGUUGAAUUUACUAAAUUAAUUAAUGAAACAAAUAAAAUUCUUAAUAUAUGUUGUGGUUCUGAACAUACAUUAGCUCUCUCAGAAAAUGGAAAUGUGUAUUCAUGGGGAAACAAUGCAUAUGGUCAAUGUGGUCAGAAAUAUGAAAAACAUAUUAUUAGAUAUCCUAAAAUUAUAAAAUAUUUUUUGAAAAAUAAUAUUCUUAUAAAAAAUAUAAGUUGUGCUUCUUAUCAUAGUGGUUACAUAACCAAAUCAAAUGAUUUAUAUAUAAGUGGGAACUUUUUUUUUAUCAACUUAAAAUAUUUUCAAAAUAAUAUUUAUGAACCAAUCUUUUUAAUUUCAGGAUGUCUUAAUAUUACAUGUAAAGAUAGUUUCAAUAUAUCAUUAAGAACUAAUAAAAAUUCAUUUUAUUUAUGGGGAAAUAAUUAUAAAUGUAUAUUAGGAAUAAAUAAAAAGAAGUUAGCUAAUCUGGAUGAAAUAUCUAUUUAUCCAUUAAAUAAUAUAUGUCCAAAUAUUAUAGUAAAGAAAAUUGCAUGUUCAGAUAAUUUUGUGUGUAUUAUAACCACACUUGCUACAACAAAUAAUUAUACCAUGUUUAUGUGGGGACAAUUUUCUCAUAUAGAAAAAAAGGAAAACCAAGAAAAUGAUACAAAAAGUGUUCUAAAUACUAAUAAUUUUUUUAAUAAGUUUAGAAUGAAGGCUAAAAUGAACAAUACGAAAAAUGACAACCAAAACAAUGACAUAAAUAACAACAAUAAUAAUAAUAAUAAUAAUAAUAAUAUUAGUAAAAACAAAAAAAAUAUGAUAUACAUUGCCAAACCUACUCCAGUAUAUAAUGAAAUAUGGGAACAAAAUGAAGCAGUCGAUGUGUGCUGUGAUUUGGAUGAAAUUAUGGUGCUCAUGUCCAACUUGUACUUAUACGGAUUUUCUUCAGUGGAAAUUUUAGGAGGUGAUAAGAAAAAAGUAAUAGCUAACGAACCCAAAGUAUUUUUCAACCAUUUCAAUAGAAAACCAAAAGUUGAAAAAAAAGAAAACGAUAUAAAAUUUGAAGAACCAGAAAUUCAUGAAAAUAUUAAAGUCUUAAACCCUGUACUAUACAUGUUCAAAUAUUUUAAACCAUCAUAUUUUAAUGUUAAGAAAAUUCAAUGUAGUUAUAAUAAAAAUAGUCUCUCAAUUAUGAAUGUAACCAUGGGAGAAUAUGAAAUACCUAAGAUAAAACAAAACUUGGAAUAUGUUACACCAUCGGGCGAUAUUGUGAAUUUCCCUGAAAAAAUUAAAGAGGCAAUAUUAGAAAAAGCCAAAAAGGAAUCCAACAAAUGGAUUAAAUCAAACGAUGAUCCUUACAUAAAUCAUUUCUUAAUACAAAAUUCAAGCGAUUCCGGGAAUUAA